AUGUCUUCCGCCAAACAGUCGUUCGAGAACGACGGCAUCGCCACCGUCUCCAAGUCGUACCCCGCGGCCGAGGCAGCACCUGCCACUGACGGCGAUGCAUCCAAGACCGCCUCCAUCCAGGAAGCUGGUGACGCCAAGUCCGCCCGCAAUGCGUCUCCCUUCGAAGUCCCCGUCGGCCACGCCGGAGUCGGCGCCGUCUCGCGCAAGCUCAGCAGCCGUCACAUCCAGAUGAUCGGUAUCGGUGGAGGUAUCGGCACUGGUCUCUUUGUCGGCUCCGGUAUCGCUCUCGCCAACGCGGGUCCCGUCGGUGUUCUCCUGGCGUACAUCAUCACCGGUAUGAUGAUCUUUGGUGUCAUGGAGGGACUUGCCGAGAUGUCUUCCUACCUUCCCGUCAGUGGAUCCUUCAUGCACUUCGCCUCUCGCUUCGUCGACCCUUCGCUCGGAAUGGCUCUCGGCUGGAACUACUGGUGGUGCUACGCCAUCGGCUGGGCCUCUGAGCUCUCCGCCGCUUCCGCCGUCAUCGGUUACUGGAACGCCGACAUCAACAUCGCCGCAUGGAUCUCGAUCAUGAUGGUCGUGGGUGCGGUGCUCAACUUUGCCGGUGUCAACAUCUACGGAGAGAGCGAGGUGGUGACUUCGACCAUCAAGCUGUUGGCUUUCGUCAUGCUCAUCAUCUUUGGUAUCGUGAUCGACCUGGGAGGCGGACCCAAGCAUGAUCGAUUGGGUUUUAGGUACUGGAAGGAGCCAGGUGCUUUCAACCAGUACAAUGGCAUUGGUGGUGCUGAGGGAAGGUUCCUGGGUUUCUUCAGUGCCUUCCUGCAAUCUGCCUUCACUUACGUGGGCACGGAGACAGUCGUUCUUGCCGCUGGUGAAGCGAGGAACCCGACGACGCAGAUCCCCAAAGCAGCAAAGCGUGUGCUCUACCGCAUCCUUUUCUUCUACAUUCUGGGCAUCGCGAUCAUGGGACUUAUCGUUCCCUACAACGAUGCGGGACUCAAAAGCGAUGGUUCGUACACCGGAGCCUCCCCCUGGAUCGUUGCCAUGAACAACGCCGGUGUCCGCGUUUUGCCGCACAUCUUCAACGCUGUCGUCCUCAUUUCCGCAUUCUCCGCCGGAUCCUCGUACAUCUACGUCGCCAGUCGAACCCUCUACGCCCUGUCGCUCGACCGACAAGCCCCGGCACUCUUCCGACGAGUUGACCGACGAGGCAUCCCCUACGUUGCCGUGCUCAUCUCGUGGCUCGUCGGAGCGCUCUCCUACCUCGGCAUCUCUUCGGGAGGAGGAACCGUCUUCUCCUGGCUCUCCGCAUUGUCCGCUGUCGCCGGUCUGUUCGCAUGGGGUACCUGCUGCUACGCAUACCUGCGCUUCCGCAAAGCCUACUCGCUUCAGGGCUACGACCGAGCAGCGCUCCCCUACCGUGCCCGUCUGCAACCCUACGCCAGCUGGUUCAGCAUCAUCAUGUGCGGCCUCGUGAUCCUCUUCAGCGGCUGGAGCGUUUUCUUGAAUGGAAACUUUACCGCCUCCGGUUUCCUGACCAACUACUUGGGCAUCCCCGUCUUCUUCGUUCCUUGGAUCGGAUGGAAGCUCUGGCACAAGACAAAGGUGGUCAAGCUGACAGAGGUCGAUCUAGACUCGGGCAGGUUGAGGAAGGAAGACGAGCCGGAGGAGAAGGUCCCGAACGGUCCGUGGGAGAGGUUCGUCGCUUGGCUGUUUUAG